AAAUGAGAAUUAAAAAAAAAAAAAAAAAUUUUGGUAAAAUGUUAAAUUAUAAAAUUUAUUUGAUAUAAAAUACACGAUGUCUCUCUCCCCUCUCAGAAGUCCCUCAUAAUCUGAAUUUGCCUAUUUGCUACGAACCUCUGCUGGCCAUAACCUACUCCACAUCUGUGCAUCUCCGAGAGAAAUGGCGUUGAGGCAGAUGUUAGGAUGGUCAGAAGGCGAUCUGAUGAGAUCAGAUGCAAAGCCAUGUUCAAGGCUCAUGAGACAAACUGCUGCUAUUUUCACUGUUGGUGGAGCUCUUGGUUUCUGGGUUCUUUGCAGACUUCACUAUGGUCCGAGGGUUACAGUGCCAAGAAGUCUACGAUGGGCUGGGUGUGGAGCUGUGUCCAUGAGUGCAUCUACGGCAACACUUGUCCGUCUCCUGAGCCCUGAAUGUGAACCCCAAAACAUUGCUGCAUACGACCAACCCAAACCCCCUCAAGCUUCACUCCCUUAAACCAUCAGUUUCUGACUUUAUCUCUUAUGUGUAUGUACCUCAGAUUUUGUACAUGUUUUUUUUGCAGUACACAGAGUUUAGCUAUCUAUUCCUAAAUACUACUUUGUCUUUUAGUGCUUCUUAUUUGGAUUUUGUUCCUAUUUCUUUAGGAGCGUUCAAAAUGAGCUACGGGGUUCAGCUUAGCUCAUUAUGAAUUCAAGUACUUUAUGAUUCA